UAAAAAAAUUAUAUUUUAACGUCAAUCACAUAAUUUUUAUGCGGCUACGCCUUCGCAGCGUACUUCCUGUGACGUCGCUCAGGAGUUGAAUUGGCCCCGCCCACCACCGUUAAAUCCAACUUCAAACUUCUGUUGUAGUGUCACAGAACUAGUUUGUUACUAACGUUGCUGGAAAUAAACCCAGCUUUGACAAUUGUAUUGCAUUACAUCUAUACGAUGUGCUUUGUUUCGCCAUGUCUUGUACAGACGACAUCAACGCGGAGGAUUUAGAUUAUGCAUCUUAAAACGGGGCAAGUAACCCUUGCGCUGGGUUGUUUAUGUUGUACUUAUAAAUUCAACAUCGAGGUUGCAUGAUUGGCAUGUGUUUGGAGUCAUGCAUCAAGCCACAAGGACCAAGAAACCCGACGUGAAAGUCGUCAUUCUGGGGGACAUGAACGUGGGAAAAACUUCUCUUCUUCACCGAUACACGGAAAGGAAGUUUAAGGACACUAUAAGCACGGUCGGAGGGGCGUUCUUCUUAAAACAGUGGGGGCCCUACAACAUAUCCAUAUGGGACACUGCAGGUCGGGAGCAGUUUCACGGCCUUGGCUCCAUGUACUGUCGUGGGGCGGCUGCAGUCAUACUCACGUAUGACGUUACAAACUGGCAGAGCCUGACUGAGCUGGAAAGCCGAUUCCUGUCCCUGACCGACACCGCCAACGCUGACUGCAUUUUUGCCCUCGUGGGUAACAAAGCGGACCUGACCGAUGCCCACGUAGAUGUGGAUGAAGAAUCCCAACCCGUCGUCACGUGUCCAACUCCUCCCACGACUCCUCUCAUGCACAAGCAGGUCAGCAGAGAAGAUGCAGUCGCUCUUUAUGGCCGUGUGCUGUGCUAUAAGGGUCUGGAGGAAAAGGACUGCCUGCCCGCUGAGAGGAUGUGUUUUGAGACAAGCGCUAAAACGGGUUACAAUGUGGAUGCUUUGUUUGAAACUCUCUUUGAUCUGCUAUUGCCCUCCAUCUUGAAGAAAAGGAGUGAGGGGGAGAGCUCCACGGUAGAUCUGGAGACACCACUGGAGAUUAAAAGGACUAAAGGAGGAUGUUGUGCCUAGAGCAUUGGAUCAUGGGAUUGAUUGUGGGAAUUGUUCGUCAUUGCCAAAGAAGGAAUGGAAUGAAAAAGAAAAAUCAAACUGCCACAUGUACUACAGUUUGUUUUAGCUGCUACUAUAUAUUUCAGCACAUAGUUUUUUUUUCUAUAUUGAAAUUGUGAAAGCACUUGGUGACCAUACAUAAUAGGUACAUAAAAGUUUUUUUUUCAGUUUUAAUGUUAAGUUGUAAUUAUGAUUGAUUUAUUAUGAUUUUUUAUGUAAUUCAUUUGGAAUGGUCAUGAUAUUGUUUUGCUUUUUACGUUAAAAUUAUAUUCUGGACUACAUUAUAUGACUUUUUCUGCCUGUCUAAUCUGAGAAAAAUUAAGAUUUCUUACAUUUGAAAUGAAUGUGUUAGUCUGUGUUGUUGUAUGAGAAAACUUCCUGUAGUGAAUCUUCCUUGUAUAAUAAAAACCAGGGUCAUGGCACAUUUAAUAUGACUCUUACAGCCCCAUUUUCAUUUGUAGUAUAUAUACUUUUUCCAAAAACAAUUUCUUGAGAUUGAUCUUUUUCAUCUUUGUAUUAUAUACACACACUGUAAUGAAUUGUACAUAUGUUGAUAUUAAAUACAACUCUCUGCAUAAUUCAAAUAUACAUUUUUGUUUUGUGGCGUUUCCAAAGUUCUGAAAAUGUUUUGGUUUGCAAGGAGUAUUUGUACAACCAAUACAUAUUUAUGCUUGUUCAUCAUUAACAUGAGAUUAAACACAGUGUAACAAACAAAAGCAUUUAUUUGUUAUUCAAUAAAACAGUAAUUGAAACAUCUACGAUUUCAAAUAUUCCACAUAAUUACAUUUAAAGUACAUUUGGUAAAAAAGUAGUGACGUGGCAAUAAAGUGGUGCUAAAUUAUUUUGUUUAUUCGAAUAAAUGAUAGUGGUUUGUGGGUCAGUUUCACAGACAGGGUUUAGAUUAAUCCAGGACUAGGUCUUAGUUAUAUUAGCUUUAACAAUCACACCUUACAAAAACAUUACUGGUGUGCAUCUUAUGACAAAACAAUGACACUAAAAUAUGUUAAGAUAUGUCACUGCAAGAUGUUUUUAAAUUAAACAUGCAUUAGGAUAAGCCCUGUCCUGGAAACCACCCCUGUGGCCAACAAUACUCGCUUAUUAAAAAUAAGCAAAUCUGCCCAAAGUCCAAUAAAGGUUUAACACCU